AUGGCUGACGUUGUUGUUAGUUUUGCCUUGGAAAACUUGAAAACUUUGCUCAUCCAUGAAGCAAAUUUGUUUCGUAGAGUGAAGGAUGAUGUUAAUUUGCUUCAAGAUGAUUUUGGCAUUAUGGAUGCCUUUCUCAAAGAUUCUGAAGGGAAAGGAGAUGAUCAUUACAUGGUGAAGGAGUUAAUCAACCAAAUCAGAGAUACUGCUUUUGAUGCUGAGGAUGUCAUAAACACAUACAUGGCUCAAGUUAUUAAGCAACGGAGGAGGAACCUGCUGCUGAAACUGCUCCAUUGCUUUGAUCAUGCAGCCGUGCUUCACCAUGUUGCCGAGAAAACCCCCAGCGUCAAGAGAAAGAUUGAGAAUAUUUAUGCCAAUAAAACAAUAUUUGGCAUAGAAGCUCAAUCUCAUGCAGACGAAGAGGCAGAACAAUCACUUCAGCAGCAACGCCGGAGAAAUAUUGAGGAAGAAGAUGUGGUGGGGUUUGGCGAUGACACCGCAAAAUUGGUCGAUCAGCUUCUCGAUCAAGGCAGAUUACAGCGCGAGGUAAUUUCAAUCAUAGGCAUGGGUGGUUUGGGAAAGACCACACUUGCCAGGAAAAUUUAUAACAAUUCUGUAAUCAAGAAUCAUUUUGAUCAUUGUGUAUGGGUUAAUGUAUCUCAAGAAUACAAAACCAGAAUGUUGAUUCUUGAUAUAUUGAAGUGUGUUGGGCAAGUAUCAGACGAAACAAAUAAGAUGUCUGAUGAACAACUCAAAGGCGAAUUGCGUGAAAAGUUGAAAGGAAAGAGGUAUUUUGUCGUCAUGGAUGACGUGUGGAAACCUCAGUUUUGGGAUGAGAUAAGAACAUGUUUUCCCAACGACUCAAAUGGAAGCAGGAUAUUAAUCACUAGUCGGGAAAAAGAAGUUGCUUCAAAUGCUAGCUCAACUCCUCCUUAUUUCUUACCUUUUCUUGAUGAGGAAGCGAGUUGGGAACUCUUAUGCAAGAAGGUGUUUCGAGGAGAAAAAUGUCCUUCAAAUCUGGAAAGUCUCGGGCGGCAACUUGCAGAAAGUUGUAAAGGCUUACCACUUUCUAUCGUGGUAUUGGGAGGUAUUCUGGCAAACAAAGAGAAGACACACCAAAGAUGGUCCAAUUUUAUCGGCAAUGUCAAUUGGUUCCUCAUCAACGAUGACGACAGCAAGCGUUGUUCAGAUAUUCUUGCUCUGAGCUACAACCACUUGCCACGUAAAUUGAGACUAUGUUUCUUGUAUGUUGGUGUCUUCCCUGAAGAUUUUCUGAUCCCUGCAAGGGAUUUAAUUCAAUUGUGGGUUGCUGAAGGAUUCAUAUCUGUUCAAAAUGGCAGAAGAAAUAUGGAUGAAAUUGAUGUUGCUGAAAACUACUUGGAAAAGCUCAUCGAUCGAAGUUUGAUCCAGAUAGCAAGUAGGAGAAGCGACGGAGGUGUGAAGUCGUGCCGUAUCCAUGACCUCCUAAGAGACUUGUGCAUAAAGAUGAGUUCUCAAGAGAAAUUUUACGAGGUUCAUGUGAAUAGUGCUUACGUUAGACGUUCCUUAAAUAAUAGAAGGAUCCCUCGGCGAUUAUCCAUACAAGGUAACAUUGAUUUUGAUAGCAUUUCCUCCACAAGCACUAGCAAUAAUUCAAGUUCUGUUGGGUCUUUGUUGUUAUUUACCUCAGAUUUUCGUUUCAACCAUUUGAAAUGGGCUUCGAAGAACUUUAGGUUUAUCCGGUUGUUGUCUGUUGUGGUUAAUGAUUUAAAUCUUGAUCUUAAUUUUCCUAAGGAAGUAGGACAGCUAGUAUUUCUAAGAUACCUUAAAAUAGUACGUUGGCAAGGAGGAUCUGCAUAUGGUGUUUGGAAAUCAUUUCCUUCUUUUAUAUGCAAGCAUCCAUAUCUUGAAACAAUUCAUGUGCAAGGAUGGACUGAUAUGAGCAUUCCAAAUGAGAUAUGGAUGAUGAAGCAAUUAAGACAUCUCUAUAUAUCUUAUGGAAUAGAAUUAAAACCACCUUCAAAAGUUGGUCACACUUUAAGCAACCUCAAAGUCCUUUCCCUUGUACAUGUUGAUAAGAAAACUUCCAUUCUCUUUCAAAAAUCUUUGUUCCCAAAUUUGAGAAAACUGCAUUUAGGUAGACUGUUUGAGGGUGUGAUGGAUGAAUCUAUGGUGUCGGAAAUAUUGGCAAGUCUAGAGUCUUUGCGAAACCUACAGACCUUGAAAUUGAUAAUGUUCAAAUUUGGGCAACGGUUGGAUUUGUUCUCAUCGUCAUCAUCAUCAUCAAAACUCACCAAGAUUACAUUUGAAGACUGCGAAUUCUUGGACCCAAACCACUUUAUGGGAAGUCUUGGGAAACUUGCCAACUUACAGAUCCUAAAGAUUAACAGAUGUGAUAUGUCGUCUCGGCAGCUACAUUUCAUGGCGGGUGAAUUUCCACAGUUGGAAGUCUUUAAAAUGAUUGGUUUAAGAGAUAUUGAAGCGUGGGAACUCGAGACACAUGCAAUGCCCAACCUUCAGCAUCUGGUUAUAAAAGGAUGUACAAGCUUGAGAAACCUUCCUGAUGAACUCUGGAGCUUGGCUAACCUCAGAAUGGUACAGGUAUCGGACAUCGAAACAGAUUUGAAGGAGAAGCUCGUGAUCAAGCAAUCAGAGAUGAAGGAGAAUGGAUAUUCUUGCAAACUCCUCAUAAAUUGA